AGAGUUUCAAUAAUAAAAUUAUAAAAUGAAGAGUUUUGUUCACAAUCACUUUUUGUUUAUAGUGUUGAUUAUAGCAGUAACUCUUCUGCUAUUUGCAGCUGUUGCUGAUGCCAAGAAGAAGAAGCAAAAGAGUUCGGGCGAAAUGACGCGAAGUAAAGCAAAGACCAAAACGAAAUGGUCCUCCACUAUCGAUACGGGUGUUGAUGACUUAAGUUCAAAAGUUGCCACCGAGGAACAUGGCUAUUAUGUGAAGCGUACAUUUUUCCCAGCAGGAGGAAUUGAGAAACCGUCGCUGAAGAGUCCUCCCUUUUUGGCGGUACCUGUAGCUUGGACUUCUUGUGAAAAUCGCGAUUGUUUACUUCAUCUUAAUUCAGUUAAAAAUUCGCUUACUGAAGGAUUUCUAUGUGACGACGAUUGCUAUGGUGUUUAUAAUCCCGUAUGUGGGAAGACUUUGAAUGAAGUAGCGGUAUUUUAUAAUGAGUGUAAGCUAAAUGUAGCCAAAUGUCGAACACGUGGCUAUUGGCUGACAUUCAAUUUCGAGGAGUGUAAAAAAUUAUAUCCAGAGGGAGUAAAAUAUGCCGAAAGCAAAUUUAGAGCUUCUCCUUAUUUUCGAGAUGCAUAUAACUCAACUGAUUCCCUAAUAAAGGAAGAUAGAGAAAGCAAUUCGGGGAAUAUGCUUACCGAAAAGUUUCUCGUACAAAAAUUCUCUGAUAAUGUAACUAAAGAAAACCGAGCAAACUCUUCGCAUCAUGAUGAUAAUGAAAUAAAGUUAAUAAACCUUUAG